AAUUUUGUCAAGUAAUUCCACAGAAAUAUUCUCAGCACUUCAAUCAACAAAGCUCAAAAAGACUACUCUUUUCUUCAAAAAAUCAAAUCUCUAUGAUGGGAAGCACUUCGUGUUUCACUACCAUCGCUGUUUUCAAACCUCAAAAUCCUUCUCGACAUUUCUCUAAACUCUCUAACAUUGUCUGUUGUCCCUUGUCUAAAUCCCCAAAUUUGCUCUUCUCUACCUCCACAAGUUCCGAUUCGGGAAUCAGAUUAAAGUCAGCAACAUUGUUGCCAAGGGCGACCCAUUUGCAGGUAUCAGAAGACGCUCCCAUAGAAGAAUCGGAGCCUUCAUCUCCUAAAACAAUUGGCCAACAUGACCUAUUGAUUGUGGGUCCUGGAGUUCUGGGUCGUUUGGUAGCAGAGAAAUGGCGGGAGGAAACUCCAGGUUGCCAGGUUUAUGGGCAGACAAGGACCACCGAUCAUCAUGAUGAAUUGGUUCAAAUGUGUAUCAAUCCGUCUCUGAAAUGGACGGAAUCUACUAACAAGUUUCCUUAUGUUAUUUAUUGUGCUCCACCUUCCCGGACCUCUGACUAUUCUGGAAACAUCAGGCAAGCUGCAUUCAGCUGGAGUGGUGAAGGUUCCUUCCUUUUUACAUCAAGUUCUGCUCCAUAUGAUCGUAACGAUAAUGGACCAUGUGAUGAGGAUACUCCAGCUGUGCCGAUUGGGAGGAGCCCCAGAACAGAUAUUCUUCUAAAUGCUGAAAAUGUGGUGCUGGAGUCUGGUGGUUGCGUUCUAAGACUGGCAGGGCUUUAUAAAGCAGAUAGAGGUGCACACAAUUACUGGUUAGAAAAGGGCAUUGUAGAUAGUCGUCCUGAUCACAUCCUGAAUCUCAUACAUUAUGAGGAUGCUGCUUCCCUUGCAGUUGCAAUCCUGAAGAAAAAAAUUCGAGGAAAGAUUUUCUUGGGUUGUGAUAAUCAUCCUUUAUCUAGGCAAGAAAUGAUGGACCUAAUUAAUAGAAGUGGGAAGUUCAGUAAAAAAUUUGAUAAAUUCACUGGAACUAAUGAUCCUCUUGGUAAGAGAUUGAGCAACUCCAAAACUCGCAAGGAAAUAGGGUGGGAGCCAAAGUACCCUAGCUUUGCUCAUUUCCUUGAGACCAUAUGAAGAACUCUUUUUAAGUUCAUCUUUAACCAGUGUGAAGUGACGCAUCACUUAGAGAAGGGCCGUCAGUUGCUUAUUUCAUGUGAAACAUUGACUCAGACUCAUUUGAUCAUUCAGCAUUUCUUAAUGUCAACGUCACUCCUAGAAAGGUUAUUCUCAUUUCUAAAAUGACGCGCUCGAGCUUCCUUUGGUAUAAGGGAAUUGAAUUCUUAUUCUCUUGAUCCUUGUUGUAAUGUCUUGUUAUUUUUUGUAGUCUUCAAUCAUUCAGUCUUUCUGAGUUUAAGCUCAAUGUAUUAGAUGUAAUCAGGAUAUUCUGGUGUCAUUAUCAGAACAAUGUGUAAGGUCCAUUAGUGCGAUAAGCAAUAUGCUAAAUUAUAUACAUUUGUGA